CUCACGUUCGUGUAGACGAGUCAAGGAGUCUCACCGUCAAUUGGUGACCACUUGUCACUGAUUAAUCCACUGAAAGAGUCCGAGUUAUUUUAUUACCGAGCACUUGUCAGCGUGCAAUCACCGACGACUCCCAUUAGAUGAGGUCAUUUGCUGGUGAUAAUGGAGUCUGCAGAUAGUAAUCAACAGCCCGAGGGCUCAAGGUCAAAAGACAAUGACGAAUUAUCUGAAAUUAAGGGUAAUUACAUAACGGAGAAGAUGAAGCGAGUGGAUGUCAAGCCUUCGUCAUCACCAACGAGUUUCUUGGCGAAGAGCUCGGUUCUGCUGCCAACCGGAGUUGCUCGGGUCAAACAAAUCUCCGGGGUAGCAUCGGAAUCGAGCAGGAGUGCGACAGGAAGUGGAUCCGCAACAGGAAAUCCGAGAAACAAAACGGCCCUGGCACCCGGCCACAGUCUGAUGGACUGGAUUCGCCUGGGCUCAUCGGGAGUUGAUCUCACCGGAGUUGGGGGCGUUAACCAGGCCAUAACACUCACAGAACUAGCGAAACACAAUCAGAGAAAUGACGCCUGGAUUGCUAUCCGAGGCAUUGUCUUCAAUGUGACGCGGUACAUGGACUUUCAUCCUGGUGGUGUGCCAGAGUUGAUGAAGGGGGUGGGUAAAGAUGCGACUAAACUGUUUGAAGACGUGCACGCGUGGGUUAAUUACCAGAGUAUUCUGCAGAAGUGUGUGGUGGGAAGGUUAAUUAGGGGAAAUGGAGUUGAGGGGCCUACCAGUCCUUUUGGAAAUGAUAAAAUUACGAAAUUGUCGCCACUUGCUGCUGGAGCGAAAACAUCAGGAACCGACAGAAAGACCUCGACAACCCCUCAAACCCUCCAAAGCGACUGGAAGCAAACGACCAACACAGUGACCUUCGUCUACAAGCCAUCGCGAGACCAACAGUCUCCCAACUUCCAACUGACCCGUCAGAGUUCCACCGAAUUCACCCUAAAAACUCAAUUUUCAAGCGCCUCCAUUCGCCACGAGUACGACCUAGACGAGGGGGUCCAGUGGCCGCCCACAUGGCGUCGAAAUUACGAGUCAAUGGAGGUGGAAUUCACCUUCACAAAGACAACUGGAAAACUUUGGAACUCGUACGGAACCAGAACAGUCGCUAUUGACACGAAAAAUGAUAGAUGUUACAGGGAUUGGGAAGUCGUUAGUAACACAUCACUGUGUGAUUCCGUUAAUCUGUUAGUUUUAAGAUGUAGCGACUACAUGGAAGUAACGCCAGUCGGUAGACAUAUAGAGGCCAAGAUGAGUGUGCUAGGUAUGGAUAUCUCAAGGUCUUACACACCGGUACCACCUUCACUCCAUCCUGAUCACGAGGCACCUGGUUACAAACCAAACAGCCUGUGUCUCAUGAUAAAACGUUACGACGAUGGCGCCCUUACUCCGUCCAUAACAGCUCUGCAGCAAGGGCAAUGCCUGAGUUUGAGUAAUAGCCUGGGUACCUUUGUGGCUGAAUCCUUUGACGACUACACCGCCAUUCAUAUGCUUGCCGCAGGCACCGGAUUAACACCAAUGCUAGGUAUUAUUCAUCGGUCACUAUGCCGACGCAAUGUGAGUUCAAUAAAUCUCGUUAACUUCAACAGAAAUGAGAAGAGUAUUUUCUAUCGAGAGCAGUUGGACAGAGUUUGCUCUGAUAACAGAUUAAAUGUUGUCCACGUACUCUCGCAGGCCGAUGAAAAUUGGGGUGGCAGACGUGGAAUCGUCUCGGAGGAUUUAAUUAAAGAAGUUAUUGGGGAGUGUAACAAGCAGGCCUGUGUCUUCACGUGCGGACCCAAAGGAUUUAUGACUGCUGCAAAAACGUCAUUAUUGAAACUAGGCUGGCAACCCUCUCAGAUGCACGAAUUCGAUGGAUAGUUUUAGUAUCACCGAAAGUACCAAUUGGUCCAAGUACAACCCAUGUAAGGAUUAAACGACUGAAAUAAUUAGUGAUCCUGAUCGAUGAACGAUAGAUUAAUAAGCUCCCCGCUGGAUCGGUCGCACCUGCCUGAAACAUAUGAAGCUACUUCAUCCUUCCAAAUGGCCAGAGGAAAAGAAAAUAGUGAAAGUAAUUCAAUUUUUCAAUUACGAAUUGCUUGAUGAACAUUUUGCUGUAGAAGAAAGUCAGAAACAUUCAGAAUUGAUGAAACUCUCUUUGCCAAUCUCUUUGAUGUCUCCGUGAUAAGUAGAGUACAAAGAAUUUUAUUCUCUUUUUGGGCAUAAUGUGGUCAACUUUAAAUUGGAAACAUGGUUAAAUAUUAAUGAAAAUCAUCACGGGUAAUGGUUCAACCAAAGGUCAUUCAUUUAUAGAUGAAGUUUUAGAAAACAAUUGUUGUGAUAAAAGAGAUUGUCAUUCGAAUUUAAAACCCAGAUUAAUGAAGAAAGUUGUACAGAUGAAUAAAAUGUCUUUUUGAGAAUUUUAAGUGGACGAAGUGUUGAGAUGAUGGAUAAAUGGUAGUGAAAUGUACAGAUUAAUCACAUGUAAAUAAGGGGGAGGGCUAUAUUUGUAUGUAACUUGCACCUGAGAUGAAGGAAAAUAUGUGUAACUGGAAUAAAUCGACGAUUUCGUUGACACAAAUAAA